AGUAAUUUUACAAACAAAUGUGAAACGUCAAACAAACUCAUUGAAGAUGUAAUCAAGUUUUAACUUAAUGUUUGUGAAAGAGAAGUGACAUGCUAAAAGAAAUAACCUUAACUGACCUUCUGAACAUUCACGCCGGAGAUGUAUAUCUUUAUCUAUUUUGUCCUUAGCAUCUGAUAGUUCACACAGUGCAACAGAAGAACUUUUUUUUAAAGUUUACGUAUAUUUCAAGAGUUGUUGUCGACAAGAGACUUUAUACGGUACUUUUGGGAACGUUAUUGACCAGCUGAAGGCCAAUGUGGAAUGCUUCCUCUUGACUAAAUUAUGUAUUUGCGCGUAAUACAUGCAGGUGGUGCAGUUACCUGGAAUGAAGACAGUCUGAGAGAAGCUGCAUAAAUAUUCAGUUAGAUCUUGAAGAUGGCAUCAGGGAAAUGCAGAAGUUCUGUUUGUGGUGCAACUCUCAUCAAACAAGAGCCAGUUGAGGCUGACCCACUUGCAUCCCCAGAGCAAGAGAUCGAGCACAUAUCUGUUAAGCAAGAAACUCCUAUUGAUGCCAACCCACUUGCAUCCUCCAAGCAAGAGAUGGAGUAUGUAUCUGCUAAGGAAGAAACUCCAGAGUGGGAUGUGCCUGAUGACCACGAUAAUACGCAUGAUCCACAAAGCAUCAUCAAAGAGGAGUGUUCAUCUUCAGAAGACUUUCUGAGUCCUAGCGCUCCCAGUAUUGAGGACGACGACGAGGAAGUUGAGGAUGCAGCGAGUGAGGAUGACUUUCAGGAGCUCAAGCAUGAAGUGGAGUCAAGAAGUAGUGGCAGUGAAUCAGAAAGCUCCAUCGGUGUUGGUGUGGACAACGACAACGACACUAACGGAGACAACAGCGGUUUGAUUACCAGCAUUCCACUACAUUCGUGCAGUGUGUGUCACAAAAUGUUCACAAAGAAUACCUAUUUGAAGAAACACUUCAGAAUCCAUAGUGGUGAACGCCCAUACAGCUGUGGCGUUUGCAACAAGACUUUUGCGCAAAGUUGGGCACUGAAACAACAUUCGCGGCGGCACACAGGCGAACACCCAUACAACUGUGGCGUUUGCAGCAAGGCAUUCAUGCAAAAAUCUGAUCUGAAGAAGCACUUCCGGGUGCACACUGGUGAACGUCCGUACACCUGUGACGUUUGCAACAAGGCUUUUGCACAAAGUAGUGCGUUGAAGCAGCAUUCACGAUUGCACACUGGUGAACGCCCAUACAGCUGUUGCGUCUGCAGAAAGACAUUCAGAGACAGUGAUAAACUGAAGAAUCAUUCACGAUUGCACACUGGGGAGCGUCCGUACGUCUGUGGUAUGUGCAACAAGACAUUCGCUCUAAGUGCUUCACUGAAGCGGCACUCACAAGUGCACACUAGUGAACGCUCGCAUAGCUGUAGUGUUUGCAACAAGACAUUCAGACACAGUAGUAGCCUGAAGGACCAUUUGCGAAUCCACAGCGACGAGCGCCCCUACGUAUGUGGCAUUUGCAACAAGACAUUCGCUCAAAGUUGGGCACUGAGGCACCAUUCACGAUUGCACAGUGGUGAACGCCCAUACAGCUGUUGCAUUUGCAGAAAGACAUUCAGAGACAGAGAAGAAGUGAAGAAGCAUACACGACUCCACACUGGCGAGCGCCCAUACAUAUGUGGUGUGUGCAACAAGACUUUCGCUCUAAGUUCUUCGCUGAAGCGGCAUUCUCAAGUGCACACUGAUGAACGACCUUACAGCUGUGAUAUUUGUAACAAGGCAUUCAGAUGCAGUAAUAGCCUGAAGAAGCAUGGUCGCAUGCACACUGGCGAGCGCCCGUACGCAUGUGGCGUUUGUAACAAGACAUUCGCGCAAAGCUGGGCGCUGACGCAGCAUUCACGAUUGCACACUGGUGAACGCGUACACAGCUGUGGCAUUUGCAACAAGACAUUCACUCGAAGUUCUGCACUGAAGAAGCAUUCACAGCUGCACACCGACGAACGCUUAUGAAGCUGUCAAGUGUGUCAUAUCCCUUUACACCCUGAAAUAUUUUUCAUUGUGCAAGAACUGCAAGUAGCAUUGUUACAGUGUCCUGAUGUCAUUGAUUGCAGAAAAAAUACUGCAAACAUUUUUUCAUUUAUAAUUAUCCAAAAAAGCACAAGCAUGAUCAUACACAUCAGGUGUUAAUUCAUUAGACAGUUCAUAUGAUCUCGUGCUCUCAUCAAAUAUAUUACAAUCAUAGCAAAAAUGUUUUAAUAAUUACAUCAUAAAAUCAAACAUUAUUUUUUGCGAAAUGACUUGAAACAGUUUUUUUCUUUGAAUAGACUUAAGUACUGAUUGUAUUUGCCAUGUUUAGUUUUUGCCCUGCUGUUGCAGGGCAAGUCCUUGGGGAAUAAAUGUCAUGCACUGUUGGCCAGUGGCCAUAGCCAUCAUACCUCUUGUCCAGUCCUGGUUUUGGAUGGGGUUUGUAAAUUUUUGCCUUUCUAGGUGGAACUACUUCACUUUAAUUGUAGCUCGCGUUCUUCUGUCAUUUUCCUAUCUGGACAUGACAAUAGAGCCUCGGGCAAAGACAUCCUGAAUUUCAGCGAAUCCAUUACAUUCUAUUUUGUAAGCUGCUGUUCCCUGCAGUGCUGUUUCUACAUAAACCGACAAUUUACUACAAUCAGGUCUGUAAAGUAAAGUAAGCACUUAAGGGUUCGGUUUUUUGUUCUGAUCCAUGUCUGAUAUCAUUCAAUUUGUUGGUCAUUAAUAUCUGCUCCAUCCAUAUUAAUAUUGUACUUCUUAAUGACAGAAAGACAGUCUAUUUCUAAAUAUUUAUAUACCUUCUUACCCCACCUUUGCACUUUGGCUCUAUGCCAGCAGAAGUGGAUGCCACAACAAUCUUUUGAUUAUCCUGCCACUUAUUGAUAAUGACUGGCUCAUCUGAUCUAAUGUACUGAUGACAUUCUCCUCUAUUCAUUUACUUUCAGUUUAAUAUUUUUUUAUUCUGUUUGUCAUUAUUGUUCCUGUGCCUUUGAUUCCUCUCUCUCUGAGUUUCUCUAAGAGGGUAGUGGUAGUGAAAUAUCUAUCAAGAUAAAUGAAACUUUCCUGUGAUAGAGUUUGGGAAAGUUGCAAAAUCUUUGGUGGUCCUAAGCUUAAUGAUUUAUCACCAAAAUUCGUACUUGCACCCUGAUAUAUCUCAAAAUCUAAAACUAUACCUGAAGCUGAAGCCAAAAUAAAUUUCUUAAACCCUAUAGGUCUAGGUUUGCCUUUGACAUAUUGUUCUAAUUUACAAUGCCCUGUGAAGGAUAUCAUUUGUUCAUCAAUGCUGUAACAAUUGAAUGUACAGGAUGAAGUAUGGCAUCUCUCUCUCUGUCUCUCUCUCUCUCUCAGCAUCAAUGAGUGGUUGAAUCUUCCACAGUCUAUUCGUCUACAGCAUCUACAAAAUGUAUGUUGUAUUGCAGGGCAAUAAAACGGUCUCGAGACGUACUUUCACUAACUGUGCUCAGAGAAAUGCAUUUCUGCCAAUACAUAGGUAACCUAGGAUACCUUAUGCACCCCAUAGUUAAUUCCAAAAGACAGCUUAAUUACUCUAGCUGUUGUAUCCAAAUACCGAGUGGGGCUCUGAAUGGGCGAAGGAUUCUGUAACAAAGAAGAAAAAAUCCAAGGUGUAUGGUAAGUAAUAAAUAUAAUGCCUAAUGUUGUAUGGAAAUCAGAAGUAAAACCAACUAAAUAGCGACGUAACAACCUGCCCAAUUACUGUUAAGAAGUAUGAGAUUAUUGACGUUAUUCAUUGCCAGUCUGUUGUAUAUACAAUAUCAAACAAACACAAACGGAUAUACGUCAAAAGACUUUAAAUAACACAAGUUAGCUACUAACCUGAAGAACACGUGACGCUUCUGUUAACACCCACAUUCACCGUUUCUGCUGCGCUCUGUUGACGUGGAAUUGGAACAAAAACAAGUGAAAUGUGAAGCCGCAAGUUGGACAAUCGUUUCAGGCUGGUUGGAAGCAAAGCAGAAGCAACAGGUCGGCAUACAAAAUAAAAAACCGAACCAGCACGAUCGUGUGGCCUCAGGCGGAAAAGGAUAAGAGAUCAGAAGCAUGAUCAAGUUGAAGGAACACUUGUGAUUGCACACUGAUGAAAAAACAUACAUUUUCAACAUUUAUCAAAUGUAAUUUUUGUACUGUAGAAACUUGAGAAUACACCUAGUUCUCCAAACAAGGGAACAUUCUAUA